AAAACAAAUAUUCAGCACUCCUUUACCAUUUAGCGACCAUGUUUUCUUCUACUUCAUGUCAUACUCAUCCCUUAUUGCUAGCUUCCAUCUUCAUAGCUCUCACCUUUUACUACCCCACAUCAUCAAAUGCUCAGCUCACCUCCACUUUCUAUUCCACAUCUUGCCCCAACGCCUCUUCCAUUGUCACUAAUGCAGUUCAGCAGGCUCUCCAAUCUGAUCCUCGUAUAGGAGCCAGCCUCAUUCGUCUCCAUUUCCACGACUGCUUUGUAAAUGGAUGCGACGGGUCCAUUUUGUUGGACGUGGGUGGCAACAUUACACUGAGCGAGAAAAAUGCAGCGCCCAACAACAAUUCCGCCAGGGGAUUUGGAGUUGUUGACAACAUCAAGAGCGCUCUAGAAAAUUCAUGCCCUGGUGUUGUUUCUUGUGCUGAUAUUCUUGCUCUUGCGGCUGAAGCUUCUGUGUCUUUGUCAGGAGGUCCUUCAUGGACUGUUCUACUUGGAAGAAGGGACGGUCUGACGGCCAACCAAGCUGGUGCCAAUACAGCUAUUCCCAGCCCAGUCGAAAGCCUCGCCAACAUCACAAACAAGUUCUCUGCCGUUGGUUUAAACACAAAUGAUGUGGUUGCGCUAUCUGGUGCACAUACUUUUGGUCGUGCCCAAUGUCGAUUCUUCAGCAACCGACUGUUCAACUUUAAUGGAAGUGGCAACCCCGAUCCGACACUGAACACGACCUACCUUGCAACUCUGCAGCAAAACUGUCCACAAAAUGGAAACGGGUCUACUCUGAACAACCUUGACCCUUCGUCCCCAAACACGUUUGAUAACAACUACUACAAGAAUCUUCUGAUGAAUCGGGGGCUUCUGCAAUCAGACCAAGAGUUGUUUUCAACAAAUGGGUCUUCUACAGUGUCCAUUGUUAACAAUUUUGCCAACAACCAAACAGCCUUCUUCCAAGCGUUUGCUCAGUCAAUGAUAAAUAUGGGUAAUAUUAGCCCAUUAACGGGAAGCCAGGGAGAAAUCAGAUCCAACUGCAGAAAAGUCAAUGGAAGCUAAAAGUGAGGAUAUGAUUAGUUGCUUAACGUGCAUCAUGGUCUUGACCAAUCUGUAUGCACAAACACUAUUUCUGAUUGCGUGCCGACAACUUCAUCAGCUUGUUAAUUUAUACCUAAACUAGUUUGCCUUUUUUGUGGGAAACAUUGAGACUCCAUAUAUCUGUGUGUAAUGGACUAAUGGUUCACCUUC